AAUCCAUAAAAAAAUGCAAAAUUCCAGCUUAUUAUAAAACCAGACAGACAAUAAACCCAAAGCUGAACCCAACGACGAGGCAGGAAGCAACACCAAGGACAACAACAACGUAGUAAAGUGAAACCAUCAAUGUUUAAUACAACACAAACAAAAUAAAUACCCAGCCAAACGUCUCUCCCUCUCUGUUUCCUUAAAGAUGAACGUGUCAGAAAUUGGUGAGUCUAACCGAGUUGGACUUGACGAGUCUUAUCGACCUCUGCCUUCUCUCUACUUGGGUUUCCUUUCCAUUUGGUUCUUCUCCGCUUGUUCUUGGACUUUCAACACUUACAGAAACCGCCAUUUUCAGACGAAUAGUUUACAAUGGACUCUUUCGUCUCUUCCAUUGAUCAAAGCCUUGCAACUCACUCUAUCCUUCCUCUUUUGGUAUUCAUGCUUUUAUCUUCAGAUAUGUUCAUUGUGGAUGUCAUUUGGGGUGUAUGUAACUGGAGUGCUGUUUCAGACAGCUUCAUUUGUUUCCUUUUUGCUCAUCUCUCAUGGAUACCGCAUCACCUGUGAGCGCCUUUCAAUAACAGAGCGCCGAACUACUGCUGCACUUGGAUGUGUAUAUUACUUGACUCUUGUUGGUUACAGAGCUUCUGUACCUUAUUUCACAGUUCUUCUACUGCUUAAUUACGUAAUUUCAUUCUAUGUAAUUUUUCACCAUAUAUCUCAAAAUCUAUUAGUGUUGCGGGAACAGUUGACUUAUAUAGAGGAUGAGGAUGUCCAACCAAUGCAUGAUGCUGUUUAUACGAAGUAUAUAAUGUUCAAAAAAUUUCAGGGUGCUAUGCAAAUAGUUGCCUUGGCUGAAACUGUGAUAUACUUAAACAUGGAUGACUCCUCAGAGACUUACUGGCUUCGGUUGUUGGUUCGAGAAUGGGCACAAUUCUGCAUUUUUAUGUACAUUGGAUGGACUUUUAGGUCACAAGAAUUGGCACCACGUUUUUCAGUUAUGCCAACUUUGAAAUCUAAAGUAGAUUCAAUGGUCCCUCCGAUCUACCGUAUAGAAAUGGAUGCUACAACUUUCAGAGAGUUUCAAAGUCAUGAAUGGCACAUCGGUGUGCCAACUUCUCUCUGCCACGAAAGUUCUAGAGAUUCAGUUUUGGUAAUCAUUCAGCAUCCACAUGCAUAUAGGCCGACAUUGGGCGCGACACCAUUCAGAAAGCAGCCAGUAUAGCUUCUCAAACUGCAGAUUCCAGUGACGGAUCAUGUUCAUGCAACAGUUACAAGCAAAGUAUAGAUUAGAAUAGCUGCAGUAUGGUCAACAGCAAAGUUUCACACACGAGUUAACACAAAAUUUUCUUUUCAUUUUUCCAUAUAGAAAUCUGAAAAAGGAUCCAUCCAGAUAUGUAUCCAAAUAUUCUCCAUUAAUUACAAAUUGUACAUUCUUCUCCAUUGCAAGUUGCAAUGCAUCCUUCACUGCAAU